ACUGUCUUGGUUAUCUUAUUUACUCUGCUUUGAGUAUUGAUUUAGAGAUUGUCUUUAGUAUCGAGGGUCUGGAUCCCAAACUCACCUUGGAUCCCAAUUCAGAUGCUAGCUUAGGUUACAUUAUGGAUCUCAAUUUGGAAACUAGCUUAGAUACCUAUCAUUCUGAGAAAAUUUUUGAUAAAUAUAUUAUUCAGGUAGCAGAGAAGGGUUUCACUAUAGUUGAUUACCUGUCUGAAAUUUAUAGGAUUCCUGAUACUCACAAAUGCAUUGAUGAGAAUUUGCCUCUUCACCUCAUUCUAAAUAUCGACACAAGACAGUAUCCUGAUCUCACAAAUCCUGAACUUCCUUCUUUAGAUAAAUAUAAAAUUUCUCGCAAAGAUUUAUUAUCCAGAAUCUUAAUUACCUAUACUAAUAUUUUAUACUUUGAUUUAAAAUAUUUUGUAAUUUUAAAUACUUUUACCUUAGCUAGUUUAUCUAAUACUAACAAAUGCAGUUGGUAUAUUGUAUAUAAUUAUGUAUAUUUUAUCAACUAUAGAGAUCUUAGGAGUUUUGUAGAAAAAGUUGCUGAUAGAGUUAGGAAGCCAUACUCAGAAUUUAUUGAUAUAGAACUUUAUAAGUCUCACUUCAGUCUUCGGCUCCUUGGAUCAACUAAAGAAGAUAGAGUUAAAAGAUCUGCAAUUUCUUCAGUUAAGAAAAGAUAUUGCAAGCUAGAAGAUUAUUUAGUUCAACCUAAGUUAGAUGCUUCUAAAAUCUGGCCCUGA